AUGUCUGGGCCGUCCGCCGUGGCGGAGCCGGGGCUCCCCGAGCCGGGCGCGUCAGAUCCGCUGCGCGCAGGCUUCGUGCUGGGGCUGGAUGUGGGCAGCACGGUGAUCCGCUGCCACGUCUAUGAUCGGGCGGCGCGGGUCCGCGGCUCCAGCGCGCAGAAGGUAGAAAGUCUUUAUCCUCAAGCUGGCUGGGUUGAAAUCGAUCCUGAUGUUCUCUGGGCUCAAUUUGUUGCUGUAAUGAAAGAAGCUGUCAAAGCUGCUGGAGUAGAGAUGAAUCAAAUUGUUGGGCUUGGCAUUUCGACGCAGAGAGCAACCUUUAUUACGUGGGAUAAGACAACGGGAAAUCAUUUUCACAACUUAAUAAGUUGGCAAGACCUAAGAGCUGCUGAUCUUGUAAAAUCUUGGAAUCGCUCUCUUACAAUUAAGCUGCUACACAGUUCCUGCCGACUGCUGCAUUUUUUCACUCGCAGCAAACGCCUUUUAGCGGGCAGUGUGCUCACAUUCACCACCCAGCACGUGUCCUUGAGAUUGGCCUGGGUUUUGCAGAACCUGCCGGAGGUACAAAAAGCAAUUGAAGAGGAAAAUUGCCGCUUUGGGACUAUUGAUACUUGGUUGUUACAUAAACUUACGAAAGGUUCUGAAUAUGCCACAGAUUUUUCAAAUGCCAGUACAACUGGACUUUUUGACCCGUAUGAGAUGUGCUGGAGCGGCCUCAUUACCUCCCUGCUGUCAAUACCAUGCUCUCUCCUGCCUCCUGUAAAGGACACGAGCCACAAUUUUGGAACCGUGAAUGAAGAGAUAUUUGGUGUGUCUAUACCAAUCAUGGCCUUGGUAGCCGACCAGCAGUCAGCUAUGUUUGGAGAGUGCUGCUUCCAUACAGGAGAUGUGAAAUUCACCAUGGGAACUGGGACAUUUUUGGACAUUAAUACUGGAAACAACUGUGAACAGACUACCGGAGGUUUUUACCCAUUGAUCGGAUGGAAGAUUGGACAAGAAGUUGUUUGCGUAGCUGAAAGCAAUGCCGCAGACACCGGGACCGCCAUAAAAUGGGCCCAGCAGUUAAAUCUUUUCACAGAUGCUGAUGAGUCUGAAAAAAUGGCCAAACAUUUGGAAGAUGCUGAGGGAGUUUAUUUUGUUCCAUCUUUUAGUGGAUUGCAGGCUCCAGUGAAUGACCCCUGUGCGUGUGCCUCUUUUAUGGGUUUGAAGCCUUCCACCAGUAAAUACCAUCUCGUCCGAGCAAUACUGGAGUCAUUAGCUUUCAGAAAUAAGCAACUGUAUGACAUGCUGCAGAAAGAGAUCCACAUUCCCAUAACAAGAGUCCGGGCAGAUGGUGGAGUCUGCAGGAACAACUUUAUCAUGCAGAUGACCUCAGACCUGAUCAACGAGAACAUAGACAGGCCUGUACAGGUCGACAUGUCCUGCUGGGGUGCAGCUUCUCUGGCUGGCCUUGCUCUUGGGCUUUGGACAGACAAGGAGGAACUGAAGAGACUGAGGGAAAGCGAGAUGGUUUUCAAGCCACAGAAGAAGUGGCAGGAGUACGAGAUGAGCAUGGAAAACUGGGGGAAAGCCGUGAAGCGCUCCAUGAAUUGGUAUACCGGGACCUGACACUGAACGCAGCUGCGGCCGCACCGGCGGCGUGCUCACAGUCUGCACAGAAGAGACCGAGCUCCUGAAACACCAACACUACAAGGACCACGUGGAGAUCAGUUAGCACAACCUGAAGGAAAAGCACUGCUCUUUUGAAAAGCAAAUAAACGAACAGAAACUUAUUUUUAAACCCCAAACCUUAGGAAGACUGCUCUGGCACCAGUACCUCGAGACUUCUGUGUCUUCUGUUUUGUAGCAAAUUCCAAAAGCCAUCCUAUUGGGGGAGUUAUGUAUCCUCCUUUUUUUCCUUUUCCUUUUUAAAAUCGUUUUAUUGGGGACGCCUCCUCCUUUUUUUCAUACUUGGGUUGACAGUGCAUCGGAACAUUGUUGUUGAGCAUUUGUGCUAAUAGUUCUGGAUCAAGUAUCUUUCACACUUUGUUCCAGAAUUAUAUGGAAUUCACUCUCUUGAAUGAAGUGGGCUAUUCGAAGUCUAUGCCCUUAAAAGCAAAGUAUAACUGGAGAAAUGUAGACGUCUGAGACAUUCGUAUUGAUGUUGAAAGCCAUAAUGGUUCAACAUCCAAAUAGGAGCCCAAUCCAUCUCUCACAGAUAAGCUCAUUUGUUUGAGCUUCACGACACUGCCUUAAUCCUUCCUUAUUCAACUAAAAUCUAAGCAUUCUUCUUUUAAAUAAUAAUUUUAGUUCAUGAAUCAAAAAAGGUUUCUGAUUCUGUUUUUGAGCUUGUCAUUGCGAUUUGAGCCUAAGUUUACAGAGGAAAUCGGUCUGCCACUCAGCAGCUCACCCCAUUUGUAACCACGUCCGUCCUGCUUGCUUCUGGUGAUUCCUGCUCCCAAUUCUCUUCCUUUCCUAUCCACCACUGCCGUUUGAGCUUCAUCCCUGGGCAGGUGAUGCGGCUGGUUGUUCUAAGGAGUGCCUACCCCGCUGGAAUUUUUGUUGACCCAAUGGGUCUGUCUGUUGUUUGGCUGAAGGCUAAGCCAGCAGAGGUGGAGGUUGGAGGAUUCUUAAGGAACAAAAGAUACCAUGUGUUCUGUGUUUAAAUUGUAUUUAUUUCAAAAAACGUCUUGCUAAAGUGUACUAAGUAUAAUAACCUCACUGUUCCCUUUUUUACAGAAUGUUGAUAAUUCAUAAAAUGUGUCUUCUAUUUUUUAUUCAUUGAGAUGGUGACAUAAAUGUCUUUGAUUUUGAUUAAGGGUCUAAUUGACAAAGCUGAAUUUGAAGACAGUGCCCACAUUGAAUAGUAGCUUAAAGCUUUCCUUUAAGGCUG